UUUGCGUCGCUGAUAAAUAAAUAGAUUUCAGUUUAUUAUUGUUUUUAACAAAAAAAAAGCUUCACUAUCAAUUAAAUUUUUAUCAAAACAUGGAAAACUCCCUCCAUUACAUCGAACUAUCAAAAAGUCCCAUACGUUUCGAUUCAGUGAGCCAACUUACAAAUGUUUUUUUCGAUGAAUCCAAUAAGCAGAUUUUUGCAAUACGAUCAAAUGGUACAACAGGAGUCAUCGUCAAAGGACCCACUGAAUCGUCAGUGAUAUCAUUUUGUAUGAACGAUCGUGGAACAAUUCGUUCCAUCAAAUUCUCACCCGACAACCAAGUGCUAGCAGUUCAACGACGUGAUAAUUCUGUUGAAUUUAUAUGCUUUCAAGGCGAUCAGCCUCAACUUGACAAUAUUAUAACACAUCAAGCUAAAAAUGCUUUCAUUUAUGGAUUUGUUUGGGUGCACUCUCGUGAGUGUGCUCUUAUUUCGAGUACUGGAGUUGAAAUCUAUACAGUUAUAGUUGAAAAGCGACAAGUUAAGCUUGUGAAGGCACUAGCAAUGGGAGUGAAAUGGUUCACUUGGUGCUCAGAGGGUAACAUUGCUUUGGUGUGCUCGUCUGAUAGCUGUACACUGACUCCGAUUAUUAUUAAACAAAAGACUAUAACAAAAUUAAACAAACUGGAUUUGGGCAAUCCUAAUCGAGAAAUUGCUGAAAUCAAAGUUACACUAAGCCAGGUUUAUGGAACACUAGCUGUGCUCAUUUUGCAAUCAAACCAGAACGGCUUGAUGGAAGUGGAGGUUCACUUAUUGAAUGGUCCUGGAUUGGCGCCAAGAAAGUGUCACAUUCUACGCCUUGGACACAGCGGACGCUUUGCCAUAAAUAUUGUUGAUAAUUUGAUUGUUGUUCAUCAUCAGGCUUCGUCAACGUCAUUAUUAUUUGAUAUAGCUCUAAGUGGAGAGACUUACGAUGGAAUCACUUAUCAUGCUCCAGUCACUCCAGGGCGCUCUAUUAGACCAUUUGCAUUGAAAAUACCAGGAAUUUCAUUAGAUGAACGCACAAUGCAGUGUGCUUUGUAUUCUACCAAUUGGGUUCUUUUCCAACCAAACAUUGUGAUUGAUGGCAAACUCGGAUGCAUGUGGUAUUUAUAUUUAAAAAUCGAACCACUUUGUUCGCUGAUAACAGAUCGAGUGCGACUUGUCGAAUUUCUACUACAACGAACUUGUGGAAAACCUAUUCUGCUGAAAGUUCUCAAACAAUUGGUCGAUGAGCAGUACAAUGGCACACUUUUACCAAUUUUGGAGAAUAUUUUCUAUAAAAUAAACAAAGUAUAUGAAUCGUGGGUGCAACUACAACUCCAGACACAAACAGCCCAACCAUCGACUGUAAAGACCCUUCCAAAAUUACCAGCACCACCAAGAGUUCUCAUCGAUCAAAGUGAUAUGCAUAAUUCUGUAUUCAGUCUCAUUCCCGAACGACCCUAUACUGAAACAGUUUUAAUAUUAUAUUUACAAUCAUUAAGCAAACAUAACAUUGCCGCCCAAGAAGACCUAAGCAAAAUGAUUAUCACUGAACUCAUACGUAAUCGUAAUUUUGAUACUCUCCGUAGAUUAGUUGAAUUCUCACUUCUAAUGGAAUCAAAGCCGAUUGCAUGUUUUUUGCUUUCAUAUUCAAAUGUAAAUCCUGCCAUAUCGCAGAUUGCCCUUGACAUGCUAAGCAAAAUCAAAGCAAAUGAGAUUAUAAUUGAAGUAUUACUAGGACAAGGAAAAGUAGUCGAUGCAUUACGAUUGGCAAUGAGCUUGCCUGAUGGUGAAACUAUUUCCGCUAGAAAAUAUUUGGAAGCAGCACAGAAAUCAAAAGAUGAUUUAGUUUUUCAUACCGUUUUUACAUACUUUCAAACGCGAAAUCUUCGUCAGCGUGGAUCUGCUGAAUUCUUAAAAAGUGAACAAUGCUAUGAAUUUAUGACGUAUUACAACACUUUAUAUAGCGCAAAACCAAAUUCUUCUGAAGUAAGAUAAAUUUAUUAUGAUAUUUGUUAAUCCUAGAAAAAAAAAAUGUUACCGUAUAUUAUUCUGUAUUUAUGUUAACCGACAAAUAAAUUGACUAUAUUUUAUGAUCUCUUAAAAGAUCGAAU